AUGGCAGGCCAGGAGUUAUUGUCUGUAUCAUCAAGAUUGACAAUAGCUCGAGGUGAUAAAAUAAAUGUCAUUGUUGAAUCUGCUCUGCCUGAUAUUAUUGUUGUGAGUUUUACAGAUGGUUUAAAAUCCUUUCAAGGUGCAUUGCUUGAUAUUUCCAAAAAAGGAUUACCAUGUGGAAUAAAUCCACCUGAAGCUGUUGAUCCAGAUGCUGAUAAAUUAAUGACAUUGGCGACACGUUUUACGUAUUUUCAAGACAGACGACCGGUUGUUAAUUCAAAAACAGAAAAAUCGAUAGAACGGCAUAUCAAUACUUCGAGACAAAAGUACAAAAGCGCGAGGCCAACGGUAAGAUUACGUCCCAGACAAGUUCUUUGUAAUAAGUGUCAGUCUAUUUGUAAUGAAAAGAAUGAAAAUGUUGAUGCGGGCAAGAAACGAAAGUUUCGGGAUAUAUCUAAAGAAGAGACUGCGGUGUGUCGUAAACGUCGUCAGCUAGAGGAACAAAACACGGAAACUUCAAUGGUGAAGUUGCCAUCUCCAGCUCUAUGUAAAUUAAAUGAAAAUACAGAUCCUGCGGUUGAUGAAUUUGCAGCUGAACAAAAUCAAACAAAUGAUUCGUUGACGAAUCAAGUUAAAGUAGGAGAGACAGUGGCUAUUGCAGAUAAUUCUGUGCUGCAGGAGACUGAAAUUGCUAAAGAGGCUUUGGAUAAAAAAGAUGUUACUGCAGACUCAACAGUUAAAACUAAAGUUGGAAGGAUACCGAGAAAAAAACGAUCUGUUGGUUCGAUGGAGGAUCUUUGGGAUGAAAAUAUUUUUGAGGAUAUUAUUAAAUCUCCUAGGACUACACCGAUUAUUAAAAUAUCUUUUGGUAGUCAGGGUGAAGGAACGGUUUUAAAAAUACCCGCCAAGGCUAAAAUUUGUUCGGGUUUAGAUGUUGAAGCUGAUAAACAAACGGAAAAUUUAACUGACGCUGACAUUUUUUUGAAGCAAAAUAAAAUAAAUAAUUUAGUCGGAGAGCAGAUCGAUUUACAGAAAACUAGUGGUAAAGAUUUAGCUUGUGCCAAAGCAGCUAAACGUGCGCUUAAAAAAGCUAAAAAAGAAGCGCGCAGAAAAAUACUUGCUGGUGGUGUGUCUCCUGGAAGAUCACCGCUCAGCACUUCGCCGAGAUAUAACUCUACAUUCAAUUCGUCACCUCCGUUGAUGUAUCAUCGGCGUAAGCACAAAGAUAAACACGAGAAAAAAACUAAGGAAGAACGUAAACAAAAGGCCCAGGGUUCGGAAUCAAUUGAGCAGAAAGGAGAGAACGAUAUAAGUUUACUCAAUCCUUUGAAUGAGUCAUCAGAAAAUGAUCGGGCGGAUUUCAAUUUCGCUGACCGCGAAUCUUACACUGCGAUAAAAGAGCAAUGUUUGAAGCAGAAGCUUUGUAUAUCUUUGAGACGGUUAAAUGCUAAUGCUUACACACGUUGCAAUUAUCCAGUCAGUAAUUCAUCGUCUGGUUGCAAGAGCCCUGGUACAAGUAGUGAAGAAUUGAGCGAGAUGGAGCAGGAUCAAGAAGCUGGAAGACAGUUACCAGCUGACGCUAGUAAUAAUCCCACUGAAUAUAGAUCAGCUUCACAAUUGUCUUUUAGAUUUACCACAACUCCAGUAGCACAUUAUCUUACUGCUACUGGUAGACGUAUGGAUGUCGGUGAUAUUGUUUGGGGUAAAAUUCAUGGGUUUCCCUGGUGGCCUGGCAAAGUUUUAAGUAUAUCAGUUUCAUGUAAUGAAGAUGGGACUUCUAGCAAUGCACAAGCUCAUGUUGCGUGGUAUGGAUCAUCCACGUGUUCAUUGAUGUCAUGUGAUCGCCUAAGUCCUUUUCUUGAAACUUUCAAGGCCAGAUAUAAUAAAAAAAAACGAGGCCCUUAUAAAGAAGCGAUACGACAAGCACAGUCGGAAGCACAACGUCAAAUGUUAUCAAAAUCAACGACAAAUUUAAAUGGCUGUGAAUCGGCACGUGAGGUAAACGUUUUAUCUUGAUAAAUAAAUAAAUAUCAGUAAUGUAUGUUAUACUUUUGUCACUGCCGGAUGACUGCCUCGUAUAACGUGUGAAAUAUAUCAUUAUUAUUAUUUAAUAUAUAAUAUAUAAUAAUAACGAUAGUAAUAUUUAAAAAUAAAAACUAAAAACUUAAAGUUUUGUAAAUAAAUUUAAAACUUUAAUUAAUUUUUAAUGGUUGUUACCAAUUAAUUGUCUUAAAUGGCUAAUUCAUAAAUUAUCUGGAUUAUUUUGUGUCAAUUUAUCAUCUUUGUAAUUUAAAAGUGAAAUUUAACAAAAUACUGACACUGGCCAUCAAAUUUAAAAUAAUAGUAAUGUUUAAUAUUUAUUGACAUAACUCUUCUAGAAAAACACUAUAUUUAUAUAUUUACAAUAUUAAAAUUAUCAAUUUAAUGGAUUUAACUAUUAAACAUAUUCGUGAUAAUAAUGCAUAAGAAAUAUAUUAACAAAAAAAUGUAUUUGUAAUAUUAUGGAUACAGUUAUUUUUUUAUCUAAUACAAAAUCAACAACAGAUAUUUUUUUUUUUUUGAUAAUUUUUUUUUGUUUAAGGCCAUUCUCAGACAGUGCCUCCCACUUUUUAAAAAUUUUCGAUGACUUUCAACUGUCAAAGCGUAUCAAAUUUUAUCAAUUAAUUAAAAAAAAAUUAAAGGAUUAAUGGAAAAAAGAACAACGUAGUUGCAAUUUCGCUAAGAUAGAUUUUUAAAAAAAUGACUUGCAGUUGAUAUACAUUAGGAGUUAUAUGAAAUUUUCCGAGUAGCACAGAGACAACUUGAAGAUGUCACAAAGAUGUCUUUUAAAAGAACAAAACUAAUUUUAUUCUGUCUCAAAGCCAAGUUUUCUUAAAUAAAUAAGACGUACAGAUGUUGGUCCCAAGGGUCAUAGAAAAUUGGUGUUUUUUUCCCGUCUUAAAAAAUCAUUUCAAUUAAAAAAUCGUUUAGACAAUGACUUACUUGACAUUUAUUAGUGAUUUACUUUUUGUGUCAAGUUUUUUGAGCUGAUUUUUUUUAGUGACAUAAAUUUCUGAUUUGUCAACGUUUUGGUGCCUUAUUGAUCGGUCAAAAAACAGCCUCAAUACUUCUAUCUUAUGGAUGUUACAAAGCCGUCUGCUACUUGGAUUGUUGAAUAAAUUUCAGUAAAAUCUUUUGAUGUAAAUUUUUUAAUUCAAAUUUUCAAAUUAUGUAGGCGAAAAUUUAUUCAAUAAAUUUCGUAUAAUCCCUAAUUGAUAACAAUUGUUACUUUUUUUUAAGUUCUACAUCUCGGCGAAAUUGCAAUUACGUUGUCUUCUUUUAAAUGACCGUUUUGAUUUUUUUUUAAUUAAUAAAAUUUUAAUACGGUUAUGACAGUUGUCAAUCCAAUAUUUUUAAAAAGUCUGAGAAUGCCCUUAAAUUACAAACUAGAAAAAAAAAAACGAAAAAAAAAAAAAAACAAACAAAUAUGAAAAGAAAGUAUAAAACCGAGCUUAGUAAUUUAUCAGUAAUUUCCUUAUUAUUUUUUUUUCAGUAUACUUUGUUAAUUACACUGUACAACAAAAUCUUUUGUUAUUUAAAAAUUAUAACUACUUUUCAUAAAUUUUUACAGCGUGCAUGAUAUUAAAAAAAAAUAAACGUCACGGUUUAAAAAUUUAAAAUUUUUAGCACUUUGUAAAAGUGAUGACGUAAAAAUUUUGUUUAUAUUUAAUUGUUUGAGCAUUUUACUUUUUUUUGU